ACAGAAUGCUUGGGGCAAAGACAUUUUUUCUUGAGUUGACUGUGCACUCCAUAAUCUUAGAUUUUUAAUCUAAAAACAAGAAAGUGUUGUUGUGCUCAUCCAACACGCUGAACUGAGUUGUACUGCCAGUGUGUAGAGUUGAACAGUAUAAGAAAUAAUAGAAUGCUAACCACAAACUGCAAAAAAAAACAAUGCAUCUGACUCAUAAACAUACUGAUUUAUUAAACAUACUGUGAGAAAAAGUGCUAAAGUGCCAAAUGAAAACUCAAAAUAUAAUGACAAAAGAACAAAUGCUUUGGUCUCUGUCAGACCUUCAUCAGUGCCGAGAACUGCAGCAGUCACAAGCACUUAAAGGAGUCAAUUGGGUGUGCCGCCAUAAGCUGGAAGACAGUCAUCGUCAAAGUAGACAUUAAGCAAUUUACACAGAUUGAAUAAUAGUGUAGCAAUUGCUGAUAGGAGACAAGUUAAUUGGAAGUAAUUGCAUUAUCAUGAGGCCAAUUGUCAAAUUAUCAGUUGGUUAAAUGUGCCUUUAUGGGUCAGACCGAUGCAUUUUGUUGCAAUGUGUUAGCAUUCUCUUUUCCUAGAUUUGUAAUCUAACAAUUCACAUGAGAUUAAAGUGCAGGUUCUCAUCUUUUUUUAUUUAUUUAUAUAAAUUUUUAAUGCGUUUUGGUGUCUCCAUGUAGAAAUUACAACACUUUGUAUACAUAGCCUCCCCCAUUUCAGGACACCAUAAUGUUUGGGGCAUAUGUAAAUGAAAGUAGUCAUGUUUAGUACUAUUGCAUAUCCUUUGCAUGCAAUGACUGUUUGAAUUCUGUGACCCGUAGACAUCACCAGAUGCAGAGUAUGCUGAUUUGCAUCUUGCAGUGUAGCCUCUGUAGUUCUGUUUGUGACAUCUUCUGUGGACAACAGUCACUGACACAUCCAUGUCUGCCUCCUGGUGAGUGUUCCUGAUUUGUCGGACAGGUGUUUGGGGGUUUUCCUUCAUUAGGGUUUCAAUUGCUGGUCGUCAAUCACAGAGGUCUUCCAUGGCCUACCAGGCCCUUUGUGAUUAGUGAGCUCACCAGUGCUUUCUUUAUUCUUAAUGAUGUUCCAAACAGUUGCUUUUGAUAAGCCUAUGGUGGUUUGGCCUAUAUUUCUGAUUUCUUAUUUCACUGGCUUCCUUGACUUUCAUUGGCACAACUGUGGGCCUAAUUUUGACAAAUGCCAAUAACAGCCCCCGAAGGCAAUCAGAAUCCUAGAAUCAAGACUAGAUACUGAAAGUUGUCCUAUACCUGCUUGAAGGAAGAAAUUGAACACACCUGACUAAUCACAAACACCUGUGAAGCCAUUUGUCCCAAACAUUGUGGUACCCUAAAAUGUCGGGUGGCUAUGUGUAAAAAUACUGCUGUAAAUUCUAUGUCUAGAAACCAAAAUGUAUGAAAUACCCUUUAAUAAAAGCUGAUAAUCUGCACUUCAACCACAUGUGAAUUCUAAAAUUGUGGAGUGCAGAGCCCAAUCAAGAAAAAUAUUCACCUAAAUAUAUUCACCUAUGUUGAGGUGAACUAUAUAUCCUCCUCAACAUAUAGGAGUGUAACGGUACACAAAAAGGUUUGGUACGUACCUCAGUUUUGGCCUCAUGGUUUGGUACAUUUUCAGUACAGCAGUACAAACAACAAUGGGAGAGAACUUGCUAUUUACAAGUUAUCCCAUUGUUUGUUAGAUGCACGAUGAAGGUCAAAAUGACCAAAGCAUUGUAGUUAAAUACUUUGAGAGACAUUUUUGUGCAGGAUUUCACUUACAGGCUAUGUGAUAUGAUACAGCAGGAAAUAAAUUAAAUGCAAAAUAUAAAAUAGCUUUUCAUCUAUUUUGAAAAUGUAAACUGGCUAACUGGCAGGGGACGUGUACUAAUGGGACAUUAAGUCAUCAGGAGAACUCACAGUUUGGCAUUUAUCUGCACGUUAAAAAGUUGAACAGUGUCAAAACAAAACGAAUUUUUUUGUCCUGUAGUGAAAGGUUAUGUACGAAUACAUGUACCAUUACACCUCUAAUGUUCAUAUAUGCAUAUACGCUUUACUUUGAAGAAAGAAGUGUGACUAUUAAUGGAUUCUUUUUCAUCUUCAGCUUGAUCUCAUUCGUGUGGUGAGAGAGGUGGUUUGUCCUUAGUGUGGUCUCAGUCGUGUGGUGGUUGAGGCAGCGCUCAAUGUCAGCGCCUGUCGCAGGACCGGAAAGGGACCCAGUUCCAUUUCACUUUGUUUCUCUACAAAUGAUUUUAUUCAUUGAGUUUGAUGGAAUGGGUAACAGAAAACAAUCAUUUGGUGUGUUAGUAUCACCCGCGUCUCACUUUAUUUGAUUGCUUACAUAUCCAGUACCUGGUGAAAUGUAAGUGAACAAUAUAAAAAAAUAUAUAUAUAUUUUAUUUAUUGUUAUAAAUGUUCACUUGCUGGAAUUACACAUCAUAGCAACAAGCUGCAGCAAAGCCAAAGACACAUUUACAUUUAACAUCUCAAAACAAGUGCUCUCAUUUUAUACCAUGGACAAGAUUAUCAUUUGUGUGUCACUCAAGUACAUUUGGGGACAUCUGCAUCAUCUAAAAAUGCCAGCAAUACAAAAAAACUCAGCAAUACUAAAAACAGCUAAGAGGUUUUUGUGCAACACGGAGAUAUAAGAUAACCUGAAAAGGAUACCUGAUUUCUGGUAUUUUCAGGAAAUGAACCCUUUCAAUCAUACUUUUAAAUGGAUUCAUUCCUGGUGCCAUUAAAGUGGAUAGGUUUUCCAUCCUGGCAGACAAUUACGAUUCUUUUUGUGACAUUCUUGGCUAUGUACUUGCAAGGUUUCAUCGUGUUGUCCUGUUUGCACUCAGUCAGGUUGAAUGGUUGUGUGCUAAAAUGAUACUUGGUUUUACCAAUCCUUCUGGUCCUACACACCUGAAUCACGUUUUCUUUUGUGGCGUGAAUUAAGGUGUUUUUCAGCUUGCAUUUUCCAUUCCAAACAUUCACCCGGACCAUCUUUUUAUUGCAAUAUGCAUUGUUGCCACGAUCCACCGUCGGAUCUAUGUGUUGUUCCUUAAAUGUUUCCCACUGGUCACCCUGUUUGGUAAGAGGACAGGACACACGUAUAAGGUUUGGCAGUUUUUACACACAAAUAAAAAUAUGCAGUUUUAUUGGGCUUCUCACCAGGCCCUGGACACCUUCCUUCUCACAGCUGCAGUGGAAUGCGAGGGUCUGCGAGAUCCAUUCCCACCCCUUGAGGUGGACUUGAGUCCCACUGGGGAAGGUCUGGUGCCCUCCCUCUUCUGUCCACACCGUCAGCGUGCAGCCCUGAGUCACGGCGAUGGAGCCUGGGGCUCCGGCAGGCUCCCACUCCCACCCUCCGCCGCUUCCCAAUCUCCCCUCAGGAGGCUGCACUCCCCGGGCCAGGUCCGUCCGCAGGACCACACAGGGGCGUGGGGCAGACUGGCUCCCUAUUGAAGUAGCGCUGCGGCCAGCCAGGAACAGGCAGGAGAGCACGAGGGCCGUCCUCAUCGCUAUCAUCCUGAUUGCUUUCAUCCUGAAUCUUGUAGCUUCCACCAGGAUGUGAGAGGUGAUUUUAAGAAUGCCAAAGACCCACGGCAUCCAAGCACAGGUCCGAAGUCACCACCUGAGAAUCCUGCUGUGGUGAAGUUCUGGACCAGUGGGGGAUUAGAAAGCAGCGUCAACCCCCCUGUGCAGAUGCAAAUUAAGUGGAGCUCUCUCUCUCUAACACACAUUUGCACACGCUCAAAUUUCUGCUCACACAACACUGGCUGAUAUAAUCCCCCACAUAUCUGUUUUAAGAAUGCCCCUGUGCACAAAUCCACACACAGGAACCUUACUCUAAUGUCUAGUAAUGGGGCCCCCGCCCCAGCCCCAAGCCAGAUGCUCCCUCUACAGCAAAGAAGUUAACGCUUUCUAUAUUUAUUUGUAUAAAAUGAAUUUACAUCACAAGGCAGUGUGCACAUCUUCCUGACAAUUUAAAUCACAAGAAACAAUGAUGCUAUGUAUAUAUAUUUGGUAAUUUUGUGCUGCUCCUCAAUUCUACACAGACUGAACAAAACUUUAAUUAAGCAAAAUGCUUUACCAUCUGAUGAUUUGGUUGCUAGAGUAUGUUUAAAAAAAGGCCUUGGUGAUGCUUAUGUUAGCUUUAGCUAUCAUGCUCACUAUAGUUCAGAUUCAAGCAAGCUGAUGAAUAGUUGUUUUCUACAAUAAAAGCAUGGGUCUAUUCACAUACUGUUCUGCAUCCCAUCACACACGCAAACAUAUAAGAUUAUACCACAAACUGAACACAUUAAGUGUAUAUUGUAAGACUAACUGUAAAUAGCAAAAAAUUUUAUUCAAGGCUCUGAAGAUUUUUCUUUGAAUGUUUUUCUCAAGUUUAUAGGAACUCUUUGCGCUUGGGUAAUGUUUCCUUAUGUGUUUAUUCAGCAGAUUGCUUCAUCGUUAACCUAAUUUGCGAUCAAUCUUCACAUUCAAUUCAUAACUCCAGUAGUCUCUAAGCCAGCUCUUGUCACGUAGAGGGAGGUUAAGCGUCUGCGACUGCAUGAACCUUGGAUUCGUCCUGCAGAACACAGACUGCUGCUAGAGGUUUGACUGUGGUUUCUCGUGUCUGUAAUGUUUCCAUUCUGCCUCUAUUUGUUUUCCAACCUCACUAACAGCUAGGUGCUAAACCCCAAAACCCAUCUCUCUCACUUCUCGCCAGUUAAUCUCUCGCUCACUCCGUCCCCAGCUCCUCAUGUCUCCCUCAUUGUUCAUGGAUUCUGUUCCCUCCAGUUGCAUCCCUCUCUUAGUGCCUGUAUGUGUGAUUGACACACAUCCGUCACCUCCUCCCUUCUUGGCCGUGUCAUAUUAAAGCCCCUCUCCCUGUCCCCACCUGCCUCUGUGUCUUUUCACAUUGAGUCCCUCGUCACCACUUGCUUUCCAAACGGCAGGAUGGACUGGAGCGCUUACGGUACCGUCCCGCUCACUCUUCCCAUCUUCCAUUUGGUGUAAUGCCUUCCUUCCUGUGUUGUCUGUAGACUUGGCUCAUUUUGUACUGGUCCAUUUGUGUUUUAUGGAAAAGGUCUCGUGCGUUGUGUUUUCAUAUUUUCAGUUUGUAAACAUAUUUGAUUAUUUUCAUUGAGCAUUAUCUGCAAUAUAUGCACUGGACUUGUAAUAUUUGUUCAUAAGAAUUGAAUUACAGUAUGUAAUCUGAAUGCUUUAGAAGAUCAUAAUUAUUUUUACACUGAUGUAUUGUAAAAAUAAUGUCAUUGUUUUGUUUGAAUUUUAAGAACUGUUAGUAGUUUUAAAAUGAUAGACUUUUGGGUGUCACUCAUCAAAUUGACAGGAUUUGCACCAAAUGAACAGAACUACUACUAGGAUUGGGAAUUUUAAAUUGGGUGAUGAAAAGAUAUAAUCACAAUAUAAAUAAAAAUGGCAUCAAUUGUAUCACUGCAAAUAAUUGUUUCUCAAUACUUUUUGUGUUGUUUUCCUUUCUCUAUCUGUUACUGUACAUGUUUUUAAGUUCAUAUCUUUCCCUCAACCUUUUAUAAAUAUUGCUAUAAGUGUUCUUUCAAUGUACAGUGUCAGUGCAGAUGAUUCAUCAAGGCAUCCAUCUGUCUCCUCUCUCCUUUGUGUAAUGGUGCUGCUCUGUGUUUCAGAGCUUGACCCCCUGGUGGUCCCCCCUCUCACUCCCACUAGUAAGGAUGUUCUCAGCCAGGCUGUGAGGGCCACCUUCGCUGGCUUCACACAGGAACGAAUCCGUCUACGCUUCCCCCCAGACCCUAAACUAUGGUCAGAAUGGGAGGUAAGCCACUGGUUAGACUGGUGCCAGGCAGAGUUCAGUUUGCACGACUUGGGCCCAGAUUUGCGGGGGCUUCCUGGGAGUGAGCUUUGUACCCUGGACAGAGACGGGUUCCUGGCCCUGACCUCUGACUGCACCGCUGGGGAAAUUCUGUGGGAACACCUAGAAACCAUGCGCAACGAGUGUCGAAUGGACUGCGGCUUCACGCUUCUCUCCUGCACAUCUUCCCUCUAUAGUCAAGCAGAACUAGGCUCAGAUUACCUUUCUGAGCAUUCCCAGUACCAAGAAGAGCCCAGUUACCCUCAGCUAGCUGAUGGUUACCUGCCCGAACCCCUGCAGGUACUCUCCCUUGACCCUAUGACCCCAGGACACCAGGUAAAGCAAGAGGGGCUGGCAAAGAAGCAGGAAGCUGCUAGGCCUCAAACUCAGCUCCUCAGUACAGAUUGUGGGGUUGAGAUGGAGCCAUUGUGCUAUAAUAUCACAGAAAUAACCACCUCACUGUCCUGGGUUGGUCAGCAGCAGGAAGUGGAACAGCAAGUGAAGGAUGUGUCCAUGUCCAAUGAAACAUUUUCGCUACUGCACCCAGUUGGGAAUUUCAAAGAUUUUGCUGGAGAGAAGGAGGAUCUCAAUGACUCUGCUAGAGCAGUGGUCUCAGCAGCAAUUCUUGCAAGCUACACUGGAAGUGGGCCCAUCCAGCUAUGGCAGUUCCUAUUGGAGCUUCUCUCUGAUCGCAGCUGUCAGUCAUUCAUCAGCUGGACUGGGGAUGGUUGGGAAUUCAAACUGACAGACCCUAAUGAGGUUGCACGACUGUGGGGCCGUCGGAAGAACAAGCCCAACAUGAACUAUGAGAAGCUGAGCCGCGGCCUCCGCUACUACUAUGACAAGAACAUCAUCCACAAGACCGCUGGCAAGCGCUACGUCUACCGCUUUGUCUGCAACCUACAAGGCCUACUGGGAUGUGACCCUAGGGAGCUGCACACUGUGCUUGACAUCUUGCCCAAAGACGGUGAGGAAUGAAGCUACAGAAGGGUUUCCAGAAGGAGGACCAUCGUGCUACUUUAACAUCAACAUUCAGCAUCCACAAGCAACGCCCCAAUGCCUCCAGUGGUCAGCUGGUCGUCUCCAGUCUAAUCUGGAUCCCUAAAUCCAGCUAACAUGUUCUCACAACAUUACUGUAAAGUUGUUACUGUGUGUAACAAUCCACAGUGGACACAACCAUGGAGACUCCAUGAUUCACACACUCAUUUUUGCUAAUAAAAAUGGUUGAUUUUUA